AUGCUUGUAACGAUAAUUCAUCCGGAUUUGGGUAUCGGAGGAGCGGAAAGAUUGGUUAUGGAUGCGGCGGUUGCAAUGAGGCAAAAUGGUCAUGAAGUACGAUUUGUGACAAAUCACUUCAAUCCCAAGCAUGCAUUUAUGGAAACCGCAGAAUUUGAUAUUAAAGUUAUUGACGUAUUUCCACGGUCAAUUUUCGGAUGUGGGCAUGCUUUGUGUGCUUACGUUAGGAUGUGUAUCGCAGCUUUAUAUAUAUAUCAAUUGUUAACAACAAGAAAGAGUAUGAUAAAGAAAUUCUACCGUAUGUUUAUUGACUGGUUUGAAACAUGGACAAUAGCAAUGGCAGAUUUAAUUUGUGUGAAUAGUAAAUUUACGAGAGAAACUGUGUGCGAAACAUUUCCAUGUAUUCGCGCUCGCAACAUUCAUAUACUUUAUCCGACAUUGAAUACCAAAUUUUUUGAUAGCGGUGGAAUGGUUGAAUUGAAUGAAAUUCCAAAGAAAGCGCGGCAUAUUUUUGUAUCAAUCAAUCGAUAUGAAAAGAAAAAAAAUAUUGGUCUUGCAUUGGAAGCUUUUAGUUUACUUCAGGAAAAGAUUCCAAAAGAUGAUUAUCAAUAUUGUUUUCUUGUUAUUGCUGGUGGUUACGAUAUCAUGAAUGUCGAGAAUACUACAUAUUUCGUUGAAUUACAGGCAAAUGCAAUUUCAUUAGGCUUGCCCAGAGAGCAAUAUGUGUUUCUAAAGUCACCAACCGACGAAGAGAAACUCGAAUUAUUGAGGCGUGCGACAGCAGUACUGUAUACGCCAAGCAAUGAACAUUUUGGGAUUGUACCCGUGGAAGCGAUGUAUAUGAAAUGUUGUGUGAUUGCACCGAGUAGUGGUGGACCACGCGAAACUAUUAUUGAUGAAGAGACUGGAUUUCUGGUAGAAGAAAAUCCGAAUUCAUUUGCAGAAAAGAUGGCAGAACUUGUCAAAGACAAACGUAAAACUGAAGCUAUGGGUAAUGCUGGUCGCAAGAGAGUUGAGUCUGUUUUUGCGAUGGAUAAUUUUGCUGUGCAGUUAGAAAGUUUGAUACGUGAAGUUUUAUCUGAUGCCUACAAAUAG